AUGCAACCAACUGAGCGUGAUUGCACAGUCCGAAUGUCAGCAUGGUCACCGGCUUUGACGGCCAUACAAUAUAACUGGCUCACGUAUCAGAAUGAUUUUUCAACUAAAUCAGAGUAUCGUGGAACGCCAACCCCGGAACUGGAGAGUAUGUGGGAAAGUCUUUACCAAUACUCUCAUUUAGUCGAUCUAAAGCAGCCGGCGGAUAGAGAGUGGGCUAGGUCGCCCGAUGAUUCUACCCGGAUCAUUGCGAACUUGGAAGUGUAUCAUCAGUUGGAGUGUCUGAAUACCCUAAGGCAGCACACGUACCGACAAACCUACAACUAUACGGGAUUUCCAGCAUUUGCAGGCACUGAGGCCCAGAUCAUGACAAGACUUGACCAGUGCAUCGAAGUACUGCGCACGACAUUGAUGUGUGCUGCGGACGCAACCCCAUACCUUAUCAAAAUGGCCCCUGAUCGUCCUCUUGGUGAAGGACCAGAUUUCAACACGCUGCACCAGUGUCGAGACUUUUCGAAAGUGACAGAGUGGAGUAGGAAGAAUGGCUUGAAGUCGCUGAUAAGGGGUGACACAAUGGUCUAUUGA